CUCAGCAUGUAGAACAGGAGCCUGUGUGGUGCUGUGCUGAGGAGUGCUCAGUGCAUCAGAGAUGGCUCAGAGAUUGCUGCUGCCCCCUCAGGUGUGAUGGCUGGGGGUGGUAGAGUUCGGUCUCUCCUGGGGAGAAAAUUGUUAGCCCCAGCUCUGCUAAAGAGCUUUCCAAGGGGAAAUGAUGCCUAAAAAAACAGGAGGAGCCUCUAUAAAGAAGCACAGCUCUGACGUGCCAAGCAGGCACCCCCUCUGCCCCGGGGUAGCGAUGGCUGCAGGUGGCAGCCCCCUGGCCCCAGGGCUCAGCAGGCUGGCUUUGGGCUGUUCUCUCCAGUCCCUCCUUCUCUCUCUCUGCCUCCUCCCUGCAUCUGCCAGGCGCUGCCGGGGCUGUUCCCUCUCUUCUGUGAGGCUGCAGCCUUUCUCCUCGCAGCUCUGCACUGGUGGCUGCUGCGGAGCUUUCCCUGCUGAACAUUACAACAUGAGUAAGAAAAUGGACUUAAAUUCUUCAUUUGAUUGGCCUCACCUGCUGAGUUAUAAUGGGACAUACAAGUACCUCUACUUUGAAGGCAACGUCUCCUAUGUGGACUUCUACCUUCAUCAGCCUUCAGUGGCAGCUGUCUUCAUCAUCUCAUACCUCUUAAUCUUCCUGCUUUGUAUGGUUGGCAACGGAGUGGUUUGCUAUAUUGUUCUGCAGAGCAAACACAUGCGUACAGUCACAAAUCUUUUCAUCUUAAACCUGGCUGUCAGUGAUUUACUAGUGGGAAUCUUCUGUAUGCCCACCACCCUCCUGGACAACAUCAUUGCAGGAUGGCCAUUUGGGAGCAUGGUUUGCAAGAUGAGUGGGAUGGUCCAAGGAAUCUCUGUCUCUGCCUCUGUCUUCACUCUGGUUGCAAUUGCUGUAGACAGGUUUCGAUGCAUCGUUUAUCCAUUUAAACAGAAACUGACCAUCUCAACUGCAAUCAUUAUUAUAACAGUCAUCUGGAUUCUGGCCAUCACAAUCAUGUGUCCUUCUGCAGUCAUGUUGCAGGUACAAGAAGAGAAGCAUUUCAGGGUGAUCCUUGGCUAUGGCAAUGAAACCCGCCCUGUAUAUUGGUGCCGGGAGAACUGGCCUAAUGCAGGAAUGAGAAAGAUCUAUACAACGGUUCUGUUUGCCAAUAUCUAUCUUGCUCCCCUGUUGCUCAUUGUUAUCAUGUAUGCUAGGAUAGGCAUUGCUCUCUUUAACACAGCAAUGCCCACAGUGGGAAAGCACAGCCAGGAGCAGCGACACAGCGUGUCUAAGAAGAAACAAAAAGUCAUAAAAAUGCUCAUUAUCGUAGCUUUGCUUUUCACCCUGUCUUGGCUUCCCCUGUGGACUCUGAUGAUGCUCUCAGACUACGCCAACCUGUCAGAUGUCCAGUUGCAGAUCAUCAACAUUUAUAUCUAUCCUUUUGCUCACUGGCUGGCCUUUUUCAACAGCAGCAUCAACCCCAUCAUCUAUGGUUUCUUUAAUGAAAACUUUCGCAGAGGCUUUCAGGCAGCCUUUAAACUUCAGCUCUGCUCUAGGAAGAUCAUUCACAGGGACAUCUAUUCCCAGCGAGGCCAAAGCAAUGCCAUUUUGCCAGCUGCCACCUACCAGACACCCCAAGAUUGUCAACAUGCCAAGGUGGAGGGGAAGCCAGUUCGGAAAGGAAAUUGGGUGAAUAACCAGCAAGAUUUAAUGAUGGAGGAUCUCGAAGAGCCCUGCAAUGAUGAGAUUAAGUGAAACAUGCUAUGAACUCUCUAAAAGAUAAAUGCCUAGCAGAAUUUCUUUACUGGGAUGUGAAAUUCAUGUUCUGUAAGGGAUUUCUAACAAAAUAAAAAAUGUCAAGGUGUUUCUGUUUGGAAAAAGAUAAGCAACUUGCAUACUACCUGAACUUUAAUACAAGAAGAAAGCAAAAUUCAGCCUUCUUUGUCAACAGCUUAAGCCAGGGACAACCCCCCUGCAGUGAGUGAUGACUCACCGCUCAUGAACUGAGCUGCAGCAAAGACCUGAUUAAAAUGGGAUUACCUUCCCUUUAUUGCAAAAUAAGGGAAAAAGAGAACUAUGUAAUUAUGUACCCUGACACAAUUAUACCUGACACUCACCAAUGGAGAGGAGAACAUUCCUUCAUUUGCUUCUAUGAAUUUCUCAGAGUGGCUGAAACAGAGUUGUUUGAACAAUAUUUAUAGUAACAUUUCAGCUUGUAAGGCUAGUUGUUACUAAUGCCUACAACUUUCUUCUGAUAUCAUACAACAAAAAUAUCACUGCUGGUGUAGCAUCCAGCUAGACCAUGGAGCUGGAUAGUGGCAGGGAUCAUGAGACUUGGCAGGGCCCUGAGCACAUGCCCCUUCCUUGGGUUUUGACUGCUGGGGCUCAGGACAGCUCCAAGCCAUGCAGCCAAAGGCAUCCCCCUUCCUAAUGGUGACCCUGAAGAAAGGCUCUCAGACAGCUGUGGGACACCACAGCCAGCACCGGGAGCUGCUCUGACACUGCCAGUGUUCAUCCUUCACUGAAACCACGGCACUCACUGCAUCGCAGCACUGCCUGGGCCUGGCAUGGGCCCGAGCGGUCCAGGCACUAACCCCAACCUGCAGACUGACUUCCCAGCCUGAUAGACCUGCCUCAUUACCAUAAACUUCUCUAAUGAUAUGGACUCUCAGCCAAACCUGGCUUCACAUCCAGCUCCCUGACUGGGGGCAGUGGGAAAGGCCCUGGCUGGUGAGAAGCCUGCCCUGCCAGCCCCACAACACCCCUCAGCCUCUGUGGGGAGCACCUGGUCCUCGCGGCACCCAGACCAAACUAUUCCCUUAGAAUAUAUUUAUAUACUGUUGCAUUAAGAAAUAUGUUUAUCUGUAGGCCAAAACACCUCCUAAUGAAAUUUAUAAAAAAAGUCCUCCACUAAAAGCCAAACUAAUCCAAUAAAUCCAUUGUACUUUGUUUCUGUUUAGUAAUGGACUCUUGGUACUAUGCUUUUAGGUGCUUCGGUGAAGCAUAAGCCUGUUCCUAGAACUGGUCAAUUUGUUACUCCAUUACACUUAGUAACUCAAAUAUUGGAGAUACAGUCUGAAAAUUUGAACCUAGCUUACCUGUUCCUAGGUCUUCAUGUGGUUGUACUCAUAUUCUUCCACUUGGACUUUCUGAACACCAACCAGUCCCUUCCAAAUGGCAAAAGCAUCUUCAGUCACAUUCUCUUCACUCACUUUUCUGGUUCCUUCCUUCUUGUUAAUUCCGUGAUAUUAAUUGUUGUUGCAGCUUGAGAAAUAAA